AUGGCUCGUACACAGGGCCCCAUUGACGGCCCAGUCGAUUACCCAGCCGUCGACAAGCGCGAGCAAACUGGACUUUUGACGCGUUUUGUUCCCGAAAAGUUGAAAAACACGUCGUUUUACCGUUGGUUCUUGCGAUUCACUCGCCUACUCCAAUUCAUCUCUUCAGUGGUCUCCCUCGGUAUCUUUUCUCAACGACUCUACAAAGUAUACCGCCUUGUGAACAGCGUCAAAACGAGCCGCGGAGUAAACGGUAGCUUUGGUGCCGUUGAGGGCAUCCUCGCAGCUGCUGUACUAUACACCCUCUUAACAAUCUUGCUAUCUUGUAUCAAGAAGUCUGCGAACCCGGGAGGUAGGACUCUCCGGUGGAUCUGGGUACUUCUCGACCUAGCGUUUGUUGGUGCGUUUAUUGCUGUGGCAGUGUUGACACGCCCGGACGGUGGCCUCGCUGGUGCGAAGCACUGCUACAAUCCUAGACGUCUGGCAAAUGGCAGUUCUCCCAACACCAUCACUGGGGAGACAGCCAGCCGCGAUGACUCUUGCAACCUCCCGUGGGGAACUUUCAUCCUAGCAAUUAUCAGCACGCUCCUCCAUGCCAUUACCGCUUCUUUCCACGAGAUUCGAGAACAUCGCCGAAACAACAGGCUCGAGAAAGAGAAGGCUGUUCACCCACAAAACGAGGCGGCGCUGUAG